AUGCGCCUGAAGGCCGUGGCGCGCGCGUGCGUGGAACUCUCCCCAACCCUCGCCACUCCAUUGGCUGUUGGUGCCUGCGACGUCAGGGCGCUUACCCCGCCUCCUCCCCGAGCCGCACAGGAUUGCGCGUGCGCGGGAGGCGGUGGGCCGCAGGGAGGUGACAAGGUGAUGCUUAAUGGAAGCAUGAAUUCAGAUCAGUGUGAUGGGGUGCAGGCAGCAGCUCUGAGGGAGCUAAGAGAUGACAUCAGCGCUCCGCAAAGAAGUAACAGUGAAAAUGUUAACUUGUCUUGUGAAGACUGUCAGGAUUAUUUUGUGGGUGGCUGUGCUGCCCAUGAACCACCAGUGUUUGUCACUGACACGCCAGUUGGGAUUGAUACCCCUUCGAGAGCAUUUUACAGCAUUCCUCAUGGACUUGCAGUGGGACCAUCAGGGAGUCACGAUGGAGGGCUUGGAGUGUGGUGUACAGCAAAGGCCAUUCCUAAAGGUGUGAUAUUUGGACCAUAUGAAGGCCAGGUUGCUGUUGAACAAGGUUCUAUUGAAAAGCUAUAUUCCCAGAUGGUGCAGGAGAGGAAUUUGUCCAAACCAGGGACCUUUGAUGAAUCUAAAUGCAACUGGAUGAGGUUUGUGAAUCUUGCUAAGACGCCAGAAGAGACAAAUCUGACCCUUUCCCAGAUUAGUGGAAAGCUCUAUUACAGAGUGUGUCGCUCAAUUGAACCAGCACAUGAACUGUUUAUCUGGCACGGGGAUGUAGAAGUAAAUAGACCUUGGCAUAAAAGCAGACCAGCUGGAGAGAAACUUAGCAAUGUUUCUGCAUACAACAACAUGGAGUCGCCCCAGGCAUGUUCAGCGCAACAGAAACAAAGAAUAAAAACUGAGGAAGAGCCAGACCCAACUGAAGACGAGCUGCGCUGUUGGAAUGCUACAGAAGUUCAAUCACACCAUAACUUUGACCAGAUGAAGACACCCCUGGGAGAUUCAGUUAAUGAAGUUCAACCAAAAAGUGAACCUCAGAAUGUUUGGUUUGAGAAUGACUGUGGACACGAUGAAGGAGAGACUCUACCAGGGGAUGGUUUGGUCAAUGGUUUACAACAGUUGGAUAGUAAUCUCUCCCAAGACGAACAAUGCUCCUUUGAGUGCCUCUUAAGUUUGGAAAACUAUAAAGCACCAAUUAGAUUCAGUGAUAAGAAUAGAAGGACAUUGAAUCCCAGCUCACCAAUCUGUAACAAAGAGAAGCGUUUUAACUGUGACUAUUGUGAAAGGAAAUUUUUUCGUAAAGAGCAUUUAACGAUGCACCUCCGCACACACACGGGUGAGAAGCCCUUUGCAUGUGAAGAGUGCGGAAGGGCAUUUGCAGAGAAGUGGAACCUCAAAGAGCAUCGCCGCACCCACACUGGCAUACGACCUUACCCCUGCCGCUUUUGUGGCAAAGCAUUUUAUCGCAGUUCCCAUCUGAAGGUGCAUGUCCGUCGUCACACUGGAGAGAAACCCUAUAAAUGUGACAACUGCCAUCAAAUGUUUGUAGAUUCAUCAUCCCUUCAGAAACACAGGCGGUUUCCUUCAGUGUGCUGUAAGAAUGCAAUAUUCGUGAAUACACAGGGGAUGGAAGCAAUGGAACGCCAAGUGCCAAACAGUUGUGAUGAAGCUAACAUUGACGACAGGCAGCUAAACCCAUCAGGAAAUAAAGUUUCAGUUAAUGGAGUUCUUCCAGAUAAUGGACAGUGUGAUCUUCCAAACCCUCAGUGUGAGAAUGAAAGGUGGAGUGUACCUGGGGAUGGUUUAGUCAAUGGUUUACAGCAGUUGGACAGUAACCUCUCCCGAGAUGAACAAUGCUCCUUUGAGCGCCUGUUAAACUUGGAAAACUAUAAAGCACCAAUUAGAUUUGGUGAUAAGAAUAGAAGGACAUUGAAUCCCAGCUCACCAAUCUGUAACAAAGAGAAGCGUUUUAACUGUGACUAUUGUGAAAGGAAAUUUUUUCGUAAAGAGCAUUUAACGAUGCACCUCCGCACACACACGGGUGAGAAGCCCUUUGCAUGUGAAGAGUGCGGAAGGGCAUUUGCAGAGAAGUGGAACCUCAAAGAGCAUCGCCGCACCCACACUGGCAUACGACCUUACCCUUGCCGUUUUUGUGGCAAAGCAUUUUAUCGCAGUUCCCAUCUGAAGGUGCAUGUCCGUCGUCACACUGGAGAGAAACCCUAUAAAUGUGACACUUGCCAUCAAACAUUUGUAGAUUCGUCGUCUCUUCAGAAACACAGGCGGUUCCCUUCAGCUUGCUGGAAGGCUGACCAGAUGGAAUCAGCAACAACGCACCUUAUUAUGCCAAUGAAUGAACUCGGUCAAAAUUAUAAUGCAGCUGCCACAGAAGAUUUGCAAUUUAUCCAAGGCAAUAACAUGGAAAACAAAAGACUUUACAGAGGGUCGAUCUGCACGCUUCCUGAAGUGGAGCCUAUUGAAGCAGAGUACUUUGAGGAUACAGGCUGCCAUCACUCUGAGGAUUUCACAGUACGUCCCAACUACAACGGCAGCUGUGCAGCAGGUGCUUUUUUAGGUCGAACUUUGUCACUGAUGAAUGACUGGUCGCUUAAUGAGAAAAAAACUAGCGCUUCCUACUCUCCAGUGAAUUGCAUAAACUACAAAACUGAUAACAAAGCCAACUCCUGUUUGAGACCUUUGAGUGUUGGUAAGACAUUAAAGGAGGUUGCAUCACUAAGCAAUGACAUUAUUUCUGCUGGAAGGAAUUGUUUUAAAUGUGAAUACUGUGGGAGGCGAUUUUUGCGCAAAGCACAGUUAACAAUGCACAGACGCACACACACUGGAGAGAAGCCAUAUGUGUGUGAUGAAUGUGGUCGAGGUUUUGCAGAAAAGUCUAACUUAAAUGACCAUCAUCGAACUCACACAGGUGAACGCCCUUAUGCAUGUACUUUCUGUGUCAAAACAUUUCACCGUAGUACGCACCUAAAAGUACAUCUCCGCCGCCACACUGGAGAGAAGCCAUACACAUGUGAGGAUUGCAAGAAAACAUUUGUGGAUUCUUCUUCCCUUCAGAAACACAGGCGAUUUCCCUCAGAUUUAUGCAGCACCCUCUGCAAGCAAAACCCCAAAAAGAACAUGUGUUCCACAGAUAUUUCAGUGAACUGUAACUCUGUCCAUACCUCGGAUUUCAGUGGUUCUGAAGGAAAACCAGUUGCCAAUACUCAUACUCACAUUAGCAAUGGAGAGAAAUUGGAUUACACAUUGAUUUCAGAGAGUGGGAGAUAUGUAAAGAACAGUUUUGAUGCACUAUUGGAUGAGCAGUUACUUACUCCUCAAACCGAAGUGGAGGGGAAACCCGCUACACAUUCCAAACAUUCUGUGAGCUAUUUGCACUAAAUAUGUUGCUCACCAUUUAAAAUUAGACACCCCUGAAGACUGUGCAGUCAGACACAGCAAAAUGUAACAGCAAUGAGCAUUGUUCUUCAUACACAAACAAGUGACCUUACAUCUGCACUUCCAGACAAGUGGACCAAUUCCACCUGCAAAACUCCCCCUACAAGUAAGGGACUUGGUCGUGAAUAAUACCCUUCUAUCAUGGGCAUUUAUGUUGUAAACAGGAUUCCGCAAAGUGACAGCAGCAAAACCAGCAUUGCAAAAAUCAUUCCACAGUCCCUCCUGUUUCCUGAUUUUAUUACAACUGGCAAUAAAUUCAGAAGCCAUUGCUUUUAAUGAAGAGGUGUGUUCCAUGUAAUAGUUUAUUUAAAACUUCAUAACAUUGUAAAACAGCUUUUUACUUACUACAGAUAAUAGAUGAAGAUUAACCAAAGAAAGACGCACACUACUGAAUCACAAUCCAUCACACGACAACAGAAGAAAAAUCUUGGCAUGUAAUUUCUCCAGUAACUUUACAGGAAAUGUAUUGAGAGUCAAUCCCCAUGGCUGAUUUAAUGGGUGAAAUUUUUAUUCAUUUGAAAUCCAUCCAUUUGCACAGAAUUAGAAUCAGGGCCCACAUGUCAAAUAGAUAACAAUGUUUUAGAAAUAACUGUGUUCCAGACAUGCACCUUUGUAUAUUUGCAGAUUGUGCUUUUGUUUAAAGGAGGGCUUGCUUUCACAAUUUCAGAAUAAAAGAGGAUAUUCAAUG